UUGUGUGAAACGCAUGCCUCAACAUGGCGAUUGCCAAUCCAUGAGUAUCAGCUAGACUAACACGUAGAGCUAUCAAAAACCCACCAAUCCUUUGCCAGCCCCGGUCGUCUUAUAGUGUAUUCCAUCCUGGAUAUGCGCCGCGCUCGCUUCUCGUAUCACACCUCUCACGGAAAGGCCUCACGAUGAUAGGCACGUCCACUGCUGAAUGGAUCUUUAUUCUCCUCUCCAUAUCCCUACUGCGUGCCAUCGCGCCUCUUUCAAUCAUUUACAGCAUUCUCUGGCUCUUCUUCCCGAUUGCUAUCGUCAGGAAGCAUCCACUACCAUUCCUGCUCAAGAUAUAUGCCCUUACCGAGUCCGCAUUCUUUCUGUUCGUGUAUCUCCCUCUUCGAGCCCGCAGCCAGUCCGCGGCUGUUCACCCUCCGCUGGCAGACCGUGCUGCGCGAGAGGCACUCUUCGAGGAAUGCAUGCAAACCUUGGACGACCCUGAGACCUAUCUGCGCAAGUGGUUUCUGGACGCGCCCCUGCAUGAGAUCAAAAGGGAAAACCUGCGCGAGUGGGUGCGGUGGGGGUUCUUCUCGAGAAACGACGUCGCGGCCAACUCGCUCGACGAAGAUGAGGUCGAGCAAUAUGUCGUUGGGCUCGAGAGGAAACUUGGGCGUACGAUCGAGGAAGGGAGAGGGACGGCAAAGUCCUUUCGCCUGACGUUUGACAGCGUUGGGAUGUCGCAUCGACCCUUGGUCUGGUAUUUGGUCAGUCUCCCCAGAAGCCCCGUGUUUCAAUUCCUGAUAUCUACCCUCCAGCUCGUCUUCAUCGUCGAUGUAUACACCACAACCCGCCUGCUGUACGCCGGUCUAACCUACCACCGCCUGUCCUUCCCUCGCCUCCUCCUCACAUUCCCCCCUCAACCACUCCCCCUGGCCCGGCACAAGUCCCCCUCCGAGACCCUCCCAUACUGGUUCCGUCCCCACACAUCCACAACAACAAGGCCGAUAGUAUACAUCCACGGCAUCGGCAUCGGCCUCUACCCCUACGCCACCCUCCUCGCCGACCUCGCCCACGCCGACCCCUCAACCGGCAUCCUCGUCUUCGAAAUCCACCCAAUCAGCGCCCGCAUCACCCAGGCAACAGCCUCCAUGCCCGUCCUCGUCGCCGAAAUCCACCGCGUCCUCACCGCCCACAACAUCCGCGACUGCGUCCUCGUCGCAAACUCGUACGGCACCGCCGUCGCAUGCAACGUCCUCCGCUCAGCCCUCUUCGCCACGCCCGCCCGCCGCCCAGCCGUCCGCGCAACCAGCACCGCCUUCUCAAAACCCCACAUUGCCGCCCUCGUGCUCGUCGACCCCAUCUCCCUGCUCCUCCACCAGCCGGCCGUGGCGUACAACUUCGUCAAGCGGGCCCCGCGGCGCGCAAACGAGCACCAGCUGCACUAUUUUGCGAGCUCGGACAUGUGCGUUGCGCACACGCUCUCGCGGCACUUUUUCUGGACGGAGAAUAUCGUGUGGAAGCGGGAUUUGAUGGCCCGGUUUGGCGGGCCCGUGUGUGUUUGUCUGGCGGGGCGGGACCUGAUUGUUGAUGCCGGGGGUGUGUGGAAGUAUCUUACCGGGCGGAGCAGGGCGGAGAGUGUUGGGCGGGAUCGGGAUGUCUACCAGGAGGGCUAUUUGCGGGUGCUGUGGUUUGAGGAUAGGGAUCACGCGCAGGUGUUUGAUUACAAGGGGUGUAGAAGGGCGAUUGAGAGCGUGGUGCGCGAGUACUGCGGCAUCAGCAGGCAUGGCAUCGAGAACGACAACAACACCAACAACAACACCAACGCAGACCACGUAUCCAACCCCUAAUAAAUAACAAAAACCCCUAAUCUCACCCCAUCCACCCCCU